CUGCACGCGCAGCUAGGGAGAGCUAGAGAGCGGGCGCGCGAGGGGGGCGUGGUCCCCCUUGUUGCAGACCCGGGAGCGCGGCGAAGCAAGACACCCGGCCCGAUUCCAGGGCUAGGGGCUUCGCCGGCCUGCCGGCCGGGAAGAAAUACAGGGGAGUGGGGUGCACAGUGCGGACAGGCCGUGGCUAGUCACCCCCUCCCCUGGCAUAGCGGCCUGGAGCCGGCCCGGGGGCCCCCUCCAUGGAGUCCCAGCGGGCUGUGGCCGCUGGUAGUCGGAUCUGCUCCCCGCCCCCGGGACUGACGGCUGCGGCCGCGCUCGGCUGCCCUGACUGUCCCCCGGCUCGGGGUCUUUGCUGCGGCGUCCUUCCGCCUUGCAAACCCGGCCCUGCUGCGGCCCCCGGCUCCGGCCCUGCUGGCAACGCCGUCUACACCGUGCUGGUGGACGAGUCGCUGCUGAGGCGGAAGGCGGGGUCGGCCUCGGCCCCCGGGAGGCCCGGACAGCUGCAGCAGCAGGGGGCUAUCCAUUGCAGUGGCCAAGUGGGGCCAGAGGAAUUGCUGCCUGGGCAGAAAGCCGAGGAUCCAUGGGGCCUAGGGAGCUGGGAUGAGGCUGGAGACUGGAACCAGAGGAGGCUGCUGCAAUCUGCAUAUAUCCCUGUCCCCAGGCAGAGAUGCCCCCCAGGAAAGGCUGGCCUGGAUGAAGUCAUGGCUGCUGCAGUCCUUACCAGUUUGUCUACGAGCCCUCUAAUUUUGGGUCCCCCCUCCGUACCCUUCAGCCCAGCAGAGUCUUGCUGUGAUCCUUGGAAGGAGUCCUCAGCUGGACCAUCUGGCAGCUACAGCAGCAGCAACAACAGUGGGGACUGGGGCUGGGACCCCCCCAGUGACCAGUCUUCUCCAUCCACACCCUCACCACCACUGCUCCCUGAGGCUGCCCAUUUUCUGUUCGGGGACCCCACGCCCCGAAAGAGGAAGAAUUCAGUGAAAGUGAUGUUCAAAUGCCUGUGGAAGAGCUGUGGGAAAGUGCUGAGCACAUCAUCUGGAAUACAGAAGCACAUACGAACCAUGCACCUGGGGCGUCGGGCAGAGCCAGACCAAAGUGAUGGUGAAGAGGAUUUCUACUACACGGAGCUGGACAUCAAUGUGGAUUCACUAACUGAUGGCCUGUCUAGCCUGACCCCGGUGUCACCCACUUCCUCAGUGCCCCCAGCCUUCCCCAGCUUGGAUCUGCCAGUCCCAGCUCCAUCUGAGACCACAGCCAUGCCCACCAUCCUGAGCCCUGUGGUUCCCUCCACUCUGUGCCAUGUCCACACCGACCAUGCCUACCAGGGCUGUCUGACUCCAGUUCAUCCAGUUGGGAUAGUGGAUAAGGGACCACAACUUCCCCAACCCACAGUCGUUAAGCCACCUGUACCAGCCGUACCCUCUGGCCUCAAACCCACCACAGGCAUAAGGAAGCCUCGGGGUGAAGCCAAGAAGUGCCGCAAGGUGUAUGGGAUGGAGAACCGGGACAUGUGGUGCACGGCCUGUCGCUGGAAGAAGGCCUGUCAGCGGUUCCUUGAUUGAAGCCCUGCUUGUUCCAGCCCUACCCCCAGCCCCGUUUCUUGCACAGUUUGCACUGCAGGUGCCUUGAAAUCCCCGCCCUGUCUGGAAGGCUGUUCCCUUCUCUUGACUUGGGGGCAGCUCUUCUCCCCAACCCCGAGGGGGUCUCCAGAAAGCCCCUCCUCCGCUGAGGAUAGAUGGCACAGCCUCUGCCCUCUCCUGAACUCGGCCCCCUGCUUUUUAAAAAAUGAAAUAAGCUAUUGUUCUCUUCCCCCUCCCCUCCCACAGAAGGGCAGGUGGUUUGGAGGUGGUGCCCCAAGAGGAUUCCUUCUCCCCUUUCCCCCCAGCCGCGUAUGCACAUGUGGGCAGGGACGGCUGGGACUACUCGAAAGUGCCUGAGGAAACCAGCAGUUUGCACUAAAACGCUGAGGGGUCGAGCUCGACCCCCUUUCCCCCUCCCUUGCCUCCCCCUGCAGCGGGAGGCCGCUGGAGCUGUGGAGCCCAGCCGAAGAAGCCGGACUCAAGUCUUGGACUGUCGGCCUGCCUGCGUGUGACCGUGAUCUUCCUUUUGCGUUAGGGGCAAGAGGGGCUUCCCUUGGCCUCCGUGUACGUGUGUGUCGCGUGUCGUGUCUCUGGUCUGUGUCGUGUGUCGUACUCGCUGGUGCCCGCCUCUUCGGAGGGGAAUUUCUGGGUCUCUAAGAGCCGGACUUUGCAAAAGUAGACUGGGUGUGGACGUGGGCGAGGAAGACUGAAACCUGUUUUUUAAAGAUUUUACACCUUCGCGCGAGCGAUUUGCGGCGGCGCCGGGAGGCGGGGGUGGGGCCUAGUCGCUCCUCUGUUCCUGGGGCUCCGCCUCCUCCCCCUGCACUUGAGGCCGAGGAGGAGCUGCACAGCUGCAUCACGCCCACGGCCCCGGGGGUUCCAGCUGUGCUCCCCGCCCCCGCUCGGAGCCUCCGGCGCCGGCUCCCGUCCUGGGGAGGGACUUGUUGCGGGGGCUGGAGUACAGUCCCCGCCUCCGCGAGAGGGACGGUGUACCAUGCACUUUGAAGGGGAGCCUGGAGAGGGUACCCGUCUCUCUCUUGCUCCCGCCCCACUCCCUGCCCCCUCGGUGCCGGUCCUUCGGGUGCGUUCGGCCUGGGCCGUGGGAUUGGGAAUCACAUUCCAAACUUUUCUUUCUUUGCAAACUGAUUUUCCCGAAACUUUUUUCCUGUUAAACUAACAACGAUAAGUCUUCACUGAAAGUUUGAAGGGAAAGAAAAUUGCACUGUCCGCGGGUGGGGGGGGGUGUCCCCACUGGAUCCUGUUAUUGGCGAGGCUGGCGGGAGUGGGGCUGUGCGGACACUACCACGUAGGAGAAAGCUCAGGUCUCUCGCUUUCGGCCCUCUUGGACACAGCUGUAUCAGGGCGAGAAAAGAAAGUAAAGUGUUUUCGGUUUUUUUUCCAAA